AUGACCACCCCGGACUCUCUCCCCGCGCGUCUCGCCCGCUGGGAAGAGCGCCUGCGCUCGCUCACCACGCCGUCGCUGCCAACGGACUAUGUCCGCCCGGACCCGCCGCGCAUCGUCGAGGCCGUGCACUCCGUGGCGGUGCCCGAGGGCGUGCGGCUCGCGCUGCUGCAGCUGGGCAUCCUGGACGGGAGCAACCCCGUGCCGCCGUUCACGGUGCUGCUGGCGGCGUUUGCGGUGCUGGCGGCGCGGCUGACGGGCGAUGAGGACAUUGCGCUGGGCACGACGGCCGAGAGCAAGGAGCCGUUUGUGCUGCGGGUGGCGGUGACGCCCGCGACGACGUUUGUGGGGUUGUUGGCCGAGGUGAAGAAGCUCGAGAUGCAAGGCGCCGCCGACUCCGUCCCCUUCUCCGCCCUCACGGCCCACAUCCAACAGGCAACAAAGUCCUCCACCCCGCCCUGCCUCUUCCACCUCUCGCUCUACCACGCCCCCGACGCCCCCAGCCAGCAGUUCCUCUCCACCCACGCCAGCACCACCGACCUGUCCAUCUUCGUCGAGCUCUCCGCGCCCGCUGCCGCCGCCGCCGCCUCCUCCGCCUCCCUCCGCUCCGUCCCGCAGGUGCCCGAAAUCGCCCUCAGCGCCCACUACAACCAGCUCAUGUUCUCCACCAAGCGCAUCUCCUUCCUCCUCGCGCAGCUCCUGCAGAUCGUGCAAGUCGGCGCCAAGAACCCCGAGAUCGCCGUGUCCUCCAUCCCCCUGCAGACGCCCGAGCAGGCCAAGAUCCUCCCCGACCCGCGCAAGGACCUGCACUGGGGCGCCUUCCGCGGCGCCAUCCACGACAUCUUCAGCGCGAACGCCAGGAAGCACCCCGAGCGCGAGUGCGUCGUCGAGACGGGGGGCAUCUAUGACGCCGGGAGCAAGACGAGGGUCUUCACGUACAGGCACAUCGACGAGGCGUCCAACAUCCUGGCCCACCACUUUGUGGCCAGCGGUGUGAAGCGCGGGGACGUGGUCAUGGUGUAUGCGCACCGCGGCGUGGACCUGGUGGUGGCCGUCAUGGGCGUGCUCAAGGCCGGCGCGACGUUCUCGGUCAUUGAUCCGGCGUAUCCGCCCGCGAGGCAGAACAUAUAUCUGCAGGUUGCGCAGCCGCGCGCGUUGGUGGUUAUCAAGAAGGCGGGGACGCUGAGCGCUCUUGUCCGCGACUAUCUUUCGAACGAGCUGGAUAUCCUGACGGAGGUCCCGGCCCUGGCGAUUCAAGAUGAUGGCACGCUGGUUGGAGGGGAGGUCGGCGGGAAGGACGUCCUGGCCGAGCAGGUUGCGCUCAAGGAGAAGGGCACCGGCGUUAUCGUGGGCCCCGACUCUACACCGACUCUGUCAUUCACCUCCGGGUCUGAGGGCAUCCCCAAGGGUGUUCGAGGGCGCCACUUCUCACUCACCUACUACUUCCCCUGGAUGGCCGAGACGUUCGGGCUCUCCGAGAACGACCGCUUCACCAUGCUCUCCGGCAUCGCCCACGACCCCAUCCAGCGCGACAUCUUCACGCCGCUCUUCCUCGGCGCGCGCCUCCUCGUCCCCACCGCCGACGACAUCGGCACGCCCGGCCGCCUCGCCGAAUGGAUGGCGGACCACGGCGCCACCAUCACACACCUCACACCGGCCAUGGGGCAGCUCCUCUCCGCGCAGGCCACGCGCGCCAUCCCCUCGCUGCACCACGCCUUCUUCGUCGGCGACGUGCUCACCAAGCGCGACUGCCUGCGGCUGCAAUCCCUCGCCCGCAACGUGGCCGUGGUCAACAUGUACGGCACGACCGAGACGCAGCGCGCGGUGUCCUACUUCGAGGUGCCGUCGCUCACCGCCGACGCCACCUUCUCGCACAGCCAGAAGGACGUGGUCCCCGCGGGCACGGGCAUGCUCGACGUGCAGCUGCUCGUCGUCAACCGCCACGACCGCACGCAGAUCUGCGGCGUCGGCGAGAUCGGCGAGAUCUAUGUCCGCGCCGGAGGGCUCGCCGAGGGAUACCUCAAGCUGCCGGACAUGACGGCGACAAAGUUCAUCCGCAACUGGUACCUGCCCGACGACGACCACUACUGGGCCGCGCAGGCCGCCGAGGACGGCGGGGAGAGGUGGCGAGAGUUCUACCAGGGCCCGAGAGACAGGAUGUAUCGGACCGGCGACCUGGGGAGGUAUCUGCCGGACGGCAACGUGGAGUGCUCCGGCCGCGCCGACGACCAGGUCAAGAUCCGCGGCUUCCGCAUCGAGCUCGGCGAGAUCGACACCCACCUCAGCCAGCACCCGCUCGUGCGCGAAAACGUCACGCUCGUCCGCCGCGACAAGGACGAAGAGCCCACGCUCGUCUCGUACAUCGUGCCGCUGCAGUCCGACACUCUCGCCACACUCCUGUCCGCCGCCGAAGACAGCGGCGACGGCGACGGCGACGACGAGAUCGUCAGGGGGCUGCGCAAAUACCGCAAGCUCAUCCGCGACAUCAAGACACACCUCAAGGCGCGCCUGCCCGCGUACGCCGUGCCCAGCGUCGUGGUGCCACUGAGUAGGCUGCCGCUCAACCCGAACGGCAAGAUCGACAAGCCGGCGCUGCCCUUCCCGGACACGGCGCAGCUGGCGGCGGCGGCGGCGCAGCAGCAGCAGGGCGGCGGCGGCGCGGAGGCGGCGGCGGAGGCGGCGCUGACGGAGACGCAGCGGGGGCUGCGCGGCAUCUGGCAGGGGCUGCUGCCGCACUCGGCGGAGGCCAUUGGCGCGGCGUCGAACUUCUUUGAUGUGGGCGGCCACUCGAUCCUGGCGACGAGGAUGAUCUUUGAGGUGCGCAAGAGGUUUGUCACGGAGGUGGGGCUGGGCGCGGUGUUUCGGUAUCCGACGCUGGGGGCGCUGGCGGGCGAGAUUGAGCGGCUGAAGGGGCAUGGGGAGCUGGCGAUUCAGCAGCUGGCCGGGGGCGGCGAGGAGGGCGAGGAGGAGGAGGAGGAGGGCAAGGAGAAGAAGGAGAAGGAUUAUGCGAGGGAUGCGAGGGAGCUGGCGAAGGGCCUGCCGGAGAGGUUUGAGACGCUGGGGAAGCCGCAGCCGGGCGCGACGGUGUUCUUGACUGGUGCUACUGGGUUUCUGGGGGUUUACCUGCUGAGGGAUCUAUUAAGCAGGAGGAAUCCGGGGGUUAAGAAGGUCUUCCUACACGUGCGCGCGGGCGACAAGGAGAAGGCGCUGGAGCGUGUCCGGUCCAGCUCGCAGGCGUACGGCGUGUGGGACGAGGCCUGGGUGCCGCGCAUCGAGUGCGUGACGGGCGAGCUCGGGAGCGAGAAACUCGGCGUCUCAGAGGGCGAGUGGAAGACGCUGGUGGACGAGGUGGAUGUGGUGAUCCAUAACGGCGCCCAAGUCCACUGGGUCUACCCAUACUCCAAGCUGCGCCCGGCGAACGUCACGGGCACCGUCGACGCGCUGCUGCUCUGCGCGGCGGGCAGGCCGAAGAGCUUUGCGUUUGUGUCGUCGACGUCGGUGCUGGAUAGCGACCAUUAUGUGCUCCUCUCGGACGCGAUCAUGGAGAAGGGUGGGUCGGGCGUGCCGGAGAGCGAUGAUCUUGAGGGCUCGGCGGGCGAUCUGGGGACGGGCUAUGGGCAGAGUAAGUGGGCGGGUGAAUAUCUCGUUCGCGAGGCCGGCAGGAGGGGGCUUAGUGGGUGUGUGGUCAGGCCUGGGUAUGUGGUUGGCGAUUCGAAGACGGGAGUAACCAACACCGACGACUUCCUCAUCCGCAUGCUCAAAGGCUGCGCGCAACUGGGCCAAAUGCCCAACAUCCACAACACCGUCAACAUGGUGCCCGUCGACCACGUCGCGCGCGUCGUCACCGCCUGCGCCUUCCACCCUCCCGCCACCCCGCUCCCCGUCGCGCACGUGACGUCCCACCCGCGACUGCGCUUCAACGAGUUCCUGGGCACGCUCGCCACCUACGGGUACGAUGUGGCCACGGUCGACUAUGUCCCCUGGCGCGUGGCGCUCGAGGCGUGGGUCGUGGGCGGGAGCGCGGAUAAUGCGCUGUUCCCGCUGCUGCAUUUCGUGUUGGAUAAUCUGCCGAAUACGACGAAGGCGCCGGAGCUGGACGAUGCGAAUGCGGUGAGCGCGCUGAGGGAGGAUGCGGCGUGGACGGGGGAGGAUAGGAGUGGGGGUGCGGGCGGGGAGAGGGUGCUGCCGGAGGUGGUGCUGAGUGAGACGCAGAAGAGGAGUCUGGGGACGGUCGGGGGGAGGGGCGCGAUGGUGUAG